AUGAAGAAGGUGAUCGGAUUAGUCAUGAAAUUAAGGUUGAGUCUGAUAUGUUUCAAGAUACCUGCAUCUACAUUAUUGUGUCUUGUUUCCUGUGUAAAAGUCCUGUCCGAAACCCCCUUCUCUGUUGCAUACCUUGCGAAGAUUUUAGCCAAUGAGGUGAAAUCGAAUGGACCAAUUACUAGAUCGGUGGAAAGGCUAUACUGCGCUGCCGAGGUUAACGAUCUCGAUAGUGUCAGAGACAUCCUCACCAACACGGUCGACUUUUCGUCUAGACUUUUGAUUAAUGAGCCAAACCCUCUUCGAUUUGACGUCAAUGUUAGCGACUGCUAUGGUAUUACACCACUGCAUGUGGCUUCUGCAAAUGAGAACGUCGAGGUGGUGGAAUUCCUACUAUCCUAUGGAGCGGACCCUAACGCUAUGACAGUAAACGGAAUGAGUGCCAUUACAAUUUGCACUCUGUCUCACCUGGAGAAGCGCUUUGCGAAACACAAGGAGGAUUGGCAUUUAGUGGAGCUUGAUGUUGGUCAAGAGCCCUUUGGUACCUGGAGUAGAGCAGAACUCGUCUGGCUGUUGAGCUGUGACGCAAACCAAUCUCUUGCACCUCAUGAUAACGAAGACAUUCACAAGAUCUGCAAUUUGGAUGGCGUUCAACUGACUGGUCCGUACUGUUUUGGUGGCAGACUUCGGAUUGCAGAAUGCUUAGCUUUAACUUUCUAUGUGGGUGUCGCAGACACGAUUUACACAGAAGUGCUUUGUGUAAACCUUAGAUUUCCAGCUAGUCUCAAGACAAUAUUGCUGCUUCUGCAGCACGGUGCGAAUCCAAACAACGUCACGCAGCCUCUGCCUCCACUAACUGCUGCCGUCAGAGCUGGAGAUGUGGAGUUGUCGCGUCUUCUGCUGCAUUUUGGUGCAGAUCCAAACAAUCACGUUCUACGGCAACUUGUUACUACGUCCAAGAACACAUUCAUCGACAGCUUCGGAAAUAUCCAUGAGCCAAGUUGUGGUGGACUGACGGCAUUGCACUUCGCGGUGGUUUUUGCUGGCGAAAUUGGUGUCAAGCUAACACAAAUGCUUCUUCAAAGAGGAGCAAAUCCAUCACUGAGAGCUUUGCCUGAUGCCAGCUUUCUGGUAGGCAUUGAGGGCAACAAAUACUCGUGGCCGAUCUCUAAAUGUGACGGUGGCAGAACCGCGCUGCAUCUUGCCUGCGCUAAGACCUACGAUAAAGUGCACUCUUUGAUAAUCGUCCAAAUGUUGAUGGAUCACGGAGCCGACCCAAACCUUCUCUGCAAUGGCCAAUGCGCCCUCAGUCUGGCACUGAUCUGCGGUAACGACGACGUGAGCAAAUGCUUAAAUAUUUUGCUACUAAGGUUACUUGAUUCUCUGGUUGCGGUCUUCUUGAUUCAGCACCAUCGACCUACCAGUUUAACCCUCAUUCUCUCAACCAUGUUCGGGAGCAGGCAAGAUAUGGGGAGGAUGUCAGUUUCAUCGCACAUAGGCAAACUUAUGUUUCUCCAUUCACGACAGGUUGCGUCACUUCUGAUGACCUACCCACAAACAAAGGUAGGAAUGGGUUUGACACAUGGACUCGGCUCUUCUCUAUGCGUGGUGUUACAUCCACUCUUUGAGCACGUUCGAACUUUUGACGAUCGAUUGGCCCUCCUCGCCAAAAUGAUUGCUCACUGCCCCUCAGGUCUCCUCAAUCACCGCGUUAUCAUGCCCUGCGAAGCAGUUGAAGGUACCACGGCUAUCAGAAGAUGUCUUAAUCUGUAUUUACGCUUGCCCAUCAGCACCAGCAGUUAGAGGAGCUACGGUUUUGCUUUCAUUGUGGGAGAUCAGUGGCCAUCAACCUCUCCUCGUGUCGAAGGUGUGGAUUGGUGUUGUUCUGUUCCAAUGCAUGUCGAAGAGGCGCCUGGAGAGAAUGGCACGCGAAACAGUGUUUGGAUAUUAUGGGUUCGUCCAUAUACAUUUCAUCUUGGAACUGUAUUAUCUUGGCAAAACAUGGAAAAGGCGGCCAUGAGAGGCAAAAGUGGGAUGAAUAAGAAGGGAAAUCGCCUACCUGUAUCCUGCGCUAAAAAUGGGCAUCCUGCUCAUUCUUAUGGUUUCUACAAAGAUCGCAUCUACAUGAGUAAGGCUGCAAUUGAAAGUUUACUCGAGGAGGAUUUCUCUUCCCCAGGCAACUACAGCUUCAUUUGA